AUGAAAACUGAUCCUGACCAUAGUCUACUUGACAUAUUUUUCGAUAAGGAUUUCCUCCCACAGGCAUACAUUGAUAUCCUAUUGAACCAACAAGAAUUGCUAGAUUUUGAAAAGAAUGAAGUAAUCAUCAAUGAAUUGAUUGGAGAAUUGAACAAGUAUAAUAGAGAAAUUAGUAGAGAGCUGAAUGAGAAUAUAUUGAAGAUUGAAUCGUUGUGCAAAGAAGAUGAUAAUAAUGAAGGUAGCAACAAGAUCGAAUACUACAUGAAUAGUCUGAGCAGUUCAGUACGUAACAUAGAACAAGAUUUUAAUAAAUUGGAUGUCCUGGCACAAGAACCUGCUGAGGCUACCACUGGUAUCGAUGGUAUCAAAGAAUACGAUUUAAUUAAAAGCCGUAUGAAUGAAGUGAUAGAAAAUCUCCAAGAGGUCCAAAAUAUCUUCCAAACUAAAAACCUAGGUAAUAUCAGUAUCGAGACGUUUGAAGACAAAUUGAACCAAACCCAAAUUAAAUCUAAACCAGAUUAUGAAAAAUACAAGAGACUAAAGGGAAUAUUCAAAGAUAUGGGCAAUUUCGAAUUCAAAUAUAACGAAUUUCUCGAUCGAUACAGGGCUGAAUACGACACGUGGAGCAGAACAAACACAUAA